AUGCCUUCCACAUACAAUAGGGAUAAACCGUGGGACACGGAAGACAUUGACAAAUUGAAGAUCGAUGAAUUUAAGCCUGAACACAACCUUGCCGGCUCCUUUCUCGAAGAAUCUUCCUUUGUGACUCUGUUUCCUAAAUAUCGAGAGGUAUAUCUGAAAGAAGCAUGGCCGAUGAUCACAAGGAUUUUGGAGAAGCGUGGAAUUGCCUGCACAUUGGAUUUGGUCGAAGGUAGCAUGACGGUCAAGACUACGAGGAAGACCUUCGACCCGGCAGCCAUUUUAAAAGCUCGUGAUUUAAUCAAACUGCUCUCACGAAGCGUGCCCGCACAACAGGCUAUAAAAAUUUUAGAGGAUGAUAUUGCAUGCGAUAUUAUAAAGAUCCGCAAUUUGGUCGAUAAUAAAGAACGUUUCGUUAAACGCCGGCAACGCAUUCUUGGUCCCUCGGGUUCGACACUGAAAGCUCUUGAGCUGUUGACAAGUACAUACAUUCUGGUCCAGGGAAACACGGUCUCUGUUAUGGGUCCUUUCGAUGGACUUAGGACCAUUCGUCAAAUUGUCAUAGACUGCAUGGAAAAUAUUCAUCCUAUUUAUCACGUCAAAGAACUCAUGAUCAAGCGGGAGCUGGCCAAGGACCCGAAUAUGGCCGGACAAUCCUGGGAUCGAUUCCUUCCAAAUUUCAAGAAGCGCACUCUUUCAAAACGUCGCGUUCCUCACAAGCUUACGGACAAAUCCAAGAAGAUCUACACUCCUUUCCCCCUGCGCAAGAAAAGAGCAAGAUCGACAAGGAAUUGGAAUCUGGCGAAUACUUCUUGUCAAAACAAGCCAAAGCACGCGUGCGUAAGGAAGAAAUACAAGAGAGACAACGUGAGAAAAGGGAAGAGAAGAUGA